UUCGGACAGCGUGGGGAGAUGGCGUACCGAGUGAGCGAAGAUGCGCAGGUGGUCAUGGGCCUCCAUGCGGCACAGUACCCGCACCUCUCCGUGACCGGGCUGCUCGUCGGCCGCGACAUGGGCGAGGGUAUCGAGAUCACCAAGGCCUUUCCCGUAGCGCACCAGGUGCCGACCGCGCCGUUCCUCGAGUUUGCGUCGCUCUGCGUCGAGGCGUACGCAGCUGAGCUCAAGCUCAAGAUCGUGGGCAUGUACGUGGCGAACGCCCGCGUCGACGAUCUCUCGCUCGGCCCUGUCCACACGCGCAUCGCCAACACGGUCGAGGCACAGUCGAGCCGUGCAUGCGCGCUCGUGCUCGACAACCGCAACCUCGUGACGCCGCGCCUCUUGCUCAAGGACGUCAAGAAGGGCUGGAUCGAGAUGGAGAAGCGCAUUGCGUUUGAAGAUGAUGACGGCAAGGUGCUGCAGCGGGCGCUGACCCAAAGCAGCUUGUCGGUCGUGGAUUUUGAUGCGCACCUCGAGCAGCCGGCCACGAAGGACUGGCGCAACACGCAAGUGCUCUCGCUUGCCCGCCUGCAGGUCUAAAUUCUGUAGCGUAGACUCCAUAUCAAUCGUAGUAUGUUGCGUAUGUAUCGAUCUGCAAUCGAGCACAACCUGCGCUGUCGCCAUGUAGAGACAGAC